UAAUUCCAUUUAUGGUAGUGGAGUCAGUGACUUGAACGAAAUACUUUCAGUUUCAUAUUACUCUAAGUCCAUUACAAAUCUGCUAAAUUUCUAAAUAUUUCAUAACAGGAAAUCCCAGACCUACAACGUUGGAACCGUGAAAUAUUAGUCCAAGGAUCCAGUGAGAGACACAGAAGUGCUAGAAGCCACUCCUCGUGAACUAAGGAGAAAAAGGACAGACAAGGGAACACGCUGGACAUGGCAUCAGAGAUUCACAUGACAGGCCCAAUGUGCCUCAUUGAAAACACUAAUGGGCGACUGAUGGCGAAUCCAGAAGCUCUGAAGAUCUUGUCUGCCAUUACGCAGCCUGUGGUGGUGGUGGCGAUUGUGGGCCUCUACCGCACAGGCAAAUCCUACCUGAUGAACAAGCUGGCUGGAAAGAAAAAGGGCUUCUCUCUGGGCUCCACAGUGCAGUCUCACACUAAAGGAAUCUGGAUGUGGUGUGUGCCCCAUCCCAAGAAGCCAGGCCACAUCCUAGUUCUGCUGGACACUGAGGGUCUGGGAGAUGUAGAGAAGGGUGACAACCAGAAUGACUCCUGGAUCUUCGCCCUGGCCAUCCUCCUGAGCAGCACCUUCGUGUACAACAGCAUGGGAACCAUCAACCAGCAGGCCAUGGACCAACUGCACUAUGUGACAGAGCUGACACAUCGAAUCCGAUCAAAAUCCUCACCUGAUGAGAAUGAGAAUGAGGAUUCAGCUGACUUUGUGAGCUUCUUCCCAGACUUUGUGUGGACACUGAGAGAUUUCUCCCUGGACUUAGAAGCAGAUGGACAACCCAUCACAGCAGAUGAGUACCUGACAUACUCCCUGAAGCUGAAGCAAGGUACCAGUGAAAAAGAUAAAAAUUUUAAUCUGCCCCGACUCUGUAUCCGGAAGUUCUUCCCAAAGAAGAAAUGCUUUGUCUUUGAUCGCCCCGUUCACCGCAAGAAGCUUGCCCAGCUCGAGAAACUACAUGAUGAAGAGCUGGACCCCGAAUUUGUGCAACAAGUAGCAGACUUCUGUUCCUACAUCUUUAGCAAUUCCAAAACUAAAACUCUUUCAGGAGGCAUCAAGGUCAAUGGGCCUCGUCUAGAGAGCCUGGUGCUGACCUAUGUCAAUGCCAUCAGCAGUGGCGAUCUGCCCUGCAUGGAGAACGCAGUCCUGGCCUUGGCCCAGAUAGAGAACUCAGCUGCAGUGCAAAAGGCUGUUGCCCACUACGAACAGCAGAUGGCCCAGAAGGUGCAGCUGCCCACGGAAACCCUCCAGGAGCUGCUGGACCUGCACAGGGACAGUGAGAGAGAGGCCAUUGAAGUCUUCAUCAGGAGUUCCUUCAAAGAUGUGGACCAUCUAUUUCAAAAAGAGUUAGCGGCCCAGUUAGAAAAAAAGCGGGAUGACUUUUGUAAACAGAAUCAGGAAGCAUCAUCAGAUCGUUGCUCAGCUUUACUUCAGGACAUUUUCAGUCCUCUAGAAGAAGAAGUGAAGAUGGGAAUUUAUUCAAAACCAGGGGGCUAUCGUCUCUUUAUUCAGAAGCUACAAGACCUGAAGAAAAAGUACCACGAGGAACCAAGGAAGGGGAUACAGGCUGAAGAGAUUCUGCAGACAUACUUGAAAUCCAAGGAGUCUAUGACUGAUGCAAUUCUACAGACAGACCAGACUCUCACAGAAAAGGAAAAGGAGAUUGAAGUGGAACGUGUGAAAGCUGAGUCUGCACAGGCUUCAACAAAAAUGUUGCAGGAAAUGCAAAGAAAGAAUGAGCAGAUGAUGGAACAGAAGGAGAGGAGUUAUCAGGAACACUUGAAACAACUGACUGAGAAGAUGGAGAGGGACAGGGCCCAGUUGCUGAAAGAGCAAGAGAGGACCCUCGCUCUUAAACUUCAGGAACAGGAGCGACUGCUUAAAGAGGGAUUUCAAACAGAAAGCAGAAAAAUGCAACAUGAGAUACAGGAUCUCCAGAAGAAAAUGAGACAACGAAGGACAUGUACCAUAAGCUAAAGACCAGAGCCUUCCUGUCACCCCUACCCAAGGCAUAAUUGAAACAAUUUUAGAAUUUGGAACAAGCAUCACUUCAUUUGCUAACAAUUAGAUCUUGCAUCGUAACACCAAAAUUAUAAAGGCAUGCGGUACAGUGAUCAAAAUCAUGUUUUUCCUUUAAAAAAAAAAAAAGACUGUAAAU